CCGGCUGUUAUUGUGAUAGCGUGUGUCAUUCAUUCUCCACUUAAACUUUCGCGUUUAUUAUCUCAAUAAAGUUUAUUGAUAAAUAUUGAAAACCGAAUCACAUGUUGUGACAGUGUAUACGGCUGGUAUUUAUAAAUAUCCGUCGCCAAACGGACGAGUAGCAAUAAAAUAAAACUGACUUGAAUGGUUUGAAGUUUGACAAAAGUGAGUGUGUGCUUGUGUUGUGAACUUAAUGUUCAAAUCAGAACUAAUUUAAGCAAGCAACUUCAUGUUCUCCGCUAAACUAGAAUCCCAGAUGUUGAAGUUGGAGUCCCCAGAAGUCCGGAUGUCACUUCCAUUGCCGCCACGUGCGCCUGAUGCCUCCGCAUUAGCUGCUUAUUGGGCGGAGUACGAAGACCUCUGUCGACAGAUCAGCACUGCACAUCACACCGAUGACGACGACAACCAUUACGAAGAAGGCGAAUUAGAAACAGAAUGGCUCCAGGCGGCUGGUCUAGCAUCUCUCGCGGCGCCAUUCCAGGCUGGCUUGGAGGUGACCGAGGCCCAACUGGGUGAAGCAGUAAGGCCCUUGCCGAGGGAACAGGCAGCCGCCGUCAGACGAAGAGUCAGACGUCUGAAUAGAACUGUUAGACGGAAAAAGGCCGCGACGCGCGCCAGGAAACCAGAUAUAAGGGAUGUCUUCCGUGAUUUAGAGAACUCAAGUGGCAGCGAGCCUCGGUCGCGCAGCGCGACCCCGGAUUCUCUGGACUCGCUGCCGAGCGGCGGAUCAGGCAGCCCCCCAACUGAAUGGGCUGAUGCUGCAACACCGCCUGACUUUGUUGAUAGUUACCCAGCGGGCACGCACGCACCGAUCGCGCGUACGCCGUCAGCGCCGAGCGGGCGACGCGAGCGCCUCUCCCCUCCCGGACCCAAUUCCCCUCCCCGGCCCGUGCACGAGCUAUUCAAGCCCAACGAGCUGCAUUGGGCUGAUAUCGCUUCUAAUACUGAAGGCAUAGAGCUUCUUGGCUACCAACGGUAUGGGACGGUACAAGGCCCAAGGAUUGGCAAGGAGCGGAUUAAUGGCUCCAUUCUCAAAGAAAACGAUGUUUUUAUGAAGCACGCGCCGGUAUCUCGCACGAAGAGCGCGGCGUCCUCGCAGCCUCUCAGCUUCGAACACAAGUUCAAUCUCGACCGACAGAUGCUCGAACACGACGAAGAAUGGCCCGAACACGAUAGUACAGUGGAUAUUGAGGGUCUGGGAGAGUCUCAGUUCAAGAAACUCCAGCCUCUACUUUGGCUCGAAUUGACUGCGUUAUUCGACAAGUUCUCGCUCCCAUUCCACAAGAGAAAACCGCCGAAGAAGAAGAGGAAAGAAGAAGGCGCCGUAUUCGGAGUGGCCCUAGAAACCCUUCUUCGCAAGGAUAUGAUAAUUUGGGAAGAAACUUGGAGCUCAGUUCCAGCGAUCAUUAGGACUCUCAUUGAGGCGCUACGAGACAGGACCAGGGAUGAGGGACUACUUCGGGUUCCUGGGAAUAAGCAUAAGAUCGAAUCGCUCUGUCAGCUGAUAGAGCAGCAGUGGUACAGCGAGCGUGGUGGUGUUCAGGCGGCCCUGUCCCGAGCCACUGGACACGAUCUUGCUGCCGUCUUCAAGAGAUUACUCCGCGCGCUUCCGCAGCCUCCGCUCACACAGGAAUUGGCCAGACUGUUCUAUCACACGUAUGCAUUAUCAGGCAGCACCCAAGGCCGUGCACUAAAUCUCCUAGUUUUACUUCUGCCGGCCGAACAACGUGCAACAUUACGAGAGAUAUUACGACUAGUUCGAGAGAUAGUGGAAAUGAGUGAUACAAACAAGAUGAGCGAACAUAAUGUGGCUAUGAUUAUUGCCCCGGCGCUCUUUCCACCCAGUCUUCUCCUGAAGCCAACAGACAGUCUAGAAACUCAAUUAGCAACAGCGGCAAACAGCUGUCAUGUCACAGAAGCGUUAAUGCGAUGGAACGACCAACUAUGGAUGGUUCCUGCCUCACUUCUUGCUGCCUCUCAGAGGAAACCGCACCAACACAGACGAAAUAAUCACACUUGAUUUUAAUUUAAUUAAAUUUGUGACUACAAGUUGAAUAGACCGUAAGGUGCUUGAAUUGUGCUGUGCUUAUUUGCAUAUUAGAUCAAAAUAUACUUAAAUAUGUUGAUAGUUUAAGUAUACCUGAUUCAAUGUGAAUGAUUGUGACGUAGAUUAUUCGAAUCUAACUUUAAGAUACGAUAUUGAGUGAUAUUGUUUAUUGUAUACUCCAUAUGUUAAGGUAUAGUGGUAUAUGACGCCAAAUAACUUAUAUUAUAAUUUAGUAUAAAUAUUCCAGUUGAGGCUAAGCCAUUUCCGUGGAAAGGAUUGUAUUAGGCAUGACUAUGUAACUUCCAAUCACAUAUUCUUAAUCCUUUUUGUUUAAACUUAUUAAUACUAACAAAAUAUUCUGAUUGAUUUCUAUAAUUUUCCUUUACUUGAAAAAUGUUAAUAUACCUCCACUAAAAAACUAGUUAAGCCAAGGUAUGUGGUGCCAUUUGAGUGAUCGGUUACCAUUUGGAAAAGGUGUUGUAAUUUGGUACCAAUGUUUAUUACAAUGUAUUUUAAUACAAAAGUUUAAGUAACUGGGAAAAUAAUGCAAAUUAACAAUUGUAUAGGCAAGCAAAGACUGACUUGUUAUGUAUAUUAUAUGUAAGCAUAUUUACUUCCAAUUAUAAAAAUAUAUUAUCAAAUCAAA